AUGAAUCAUAUUGAGAUGCCUGCAAUGGGUGGAACUACAGCAACUAUAGAUGCUGCUAAGAGAAGACAGCUUCCUGCAUGGAUAAGAGAAGGUUUAGAAAAAAUGGAAAGAGAAAAACAGAAGGCCAUGGAAAGGGAACAAGAAAAAAAAGCAAGAGAGGAAGCAGAGAAAGAAAAGAAGAGAUUAGAAGAAGAAGAAUUAGAAAGAAUGAAAGCAGAAGCCAGUGGACAACCAAUGUUACCAGCUAAGAGCAAAUUUGACUCAGAUUCUGAAAAUGAAGAUGGAAACAAGGAAGAACAGCCUCUACCUGAAUCAGAGCAGAGUAUUCAGGAAGAAAAGGAACCUGAGGAAGAAGUACCUGCUGUGAAAAUAGAACCUGAAGAAAAACCAACCUUGGUCAAGAAAAGUAAGGAGGAAAUUAUGCAGGAAGUUGUAAGUGUUUUAUUUAUUUAA